AUGGGAAAAUGUUUGGGAAUCGGGUAUAAAGUCCUUGCUUUUCCCGUCACUUGCAACCCUAAACCUAGAAUCAAAUGCGGUCACCACCAUCCCUUUUCACUUCCCCGUUUUCCCGAUCAGCAAGGCCGCUACUCUCCUCCUUCAUUUCCGAUCACCGCCAUCACCAUAGAAGCCCCUCAACCGCCGAUGGCAUCACCGAGUUCGAUAGCUCUCGUCUCUGCCUACUACUUCGUCGACGAAGGCCACCAUUCCACCACCUGUUACCAUCGGUUAUGUCGUGUAUGGCCGGAGAUGGCCUGUGACCGCUGCCCGUUUCGAAACUCAUUACGUUGUCGUCGUUCUUUUCUUUUCCUUUUGCUCCAUCCGCCGCCAAGGGCUCGCUUCUAUUGCUCUGGUCAUGGUCACAACCCCAAAGGGCUGUCGAGUUCGUGUGGGUUAUCACAUGUCGAUUUGGGGUGCGUUUCCUUGCUUAGCUCGUCUCUGUGCAUGUAUGCCUGCUUGUUGUUGGCCAGAAAAGCGUGGAAACCACCAUGGCAGCCGCCAUAG